GCAUCAUUCACGACGAGCCCACCCACCAUGUCCCCUCUCGCCAACCCCCAACAAUACCUCGACAACGCCCGCAUAGCGCCCGAAGUGUUCCAACUCCGCCCCGACUACCGCGCCCUCCUCCUAGUAAUCACAAACAUCCCGCCCGCGCCCAGCGACGCCCAGAGCGACGCCCUCCUGCAAGAAGCCGAAGCCUCCGCCAAAGCCGCACUCGCCAAAGCCCCCGUCACCGAGAUCCCGCACGUCAAAGCCUGGCGCUCAGCCUACACGGCCUUUGGCGCGAAGCCCAAAAAGACGCCCAACAGCCUCGAAGCCCUGACGCGCCGCGUGGAAAAGGGAGGCCUCCCGCGCGUCAACCGCCUGACUGACAUCUACAACGCCAUCUCCGUGAAGCACCAGAUCCCGCUCGGCGGGGAGGAUCUCGACAAGUACUCCGGGGCACCCUUCCUGGUCCGCGCAAAGGGCGGCGAGAAGUUUGAGAUGAAGGCAGGGGGUGAGGUGGUGAAUGAGCCGCCGAUUGCGGGCGAGGUUGUGUGGUGCGAUGAGGAGGGUGUCACGUGUCGGGUGUGGAAUUGGAGGCAGGGCCCGCGGACGGCGUUGACGGAUGAGACGAGGAAUGUGUUGAUCAUCAUGGAUGCGUUGGAGGCGUGCAGCGACGGGCAGCUGGAUGCUGCGGCGGACGAGCUGAGCCGGGUGUUGAGCGGGCUGUCGCCGGAAGUUGAGGUGCGGCGCCGGCUGUUCAAAGCAUGAUUGUAAAGCUUGGAGGGAGUGAAGAGUUCAGCUACCUACCACUAUGGUUUUUCUAGUGUAUGCUACUCAUUUACAUCAAUUUGGUACCAUACCAAUGUGGGAACGCGUCUGCUUUCGGACCGUAUGUGUGUACCUUGUUGUACAAGAGCACUUUCAGAUACACCACGCACGACUCUCCCUCCUGCCUUUAGUC